UCCUGCCCCUUCGUGCGUUCGAAGACGUGUGUUUCAAUCGCAACUGUGAACUUUCGUGUUCGAAACUGCGUUUUUGAUCGUGUGGUGCACAAAAAGGCGCAGUCUCCGACGUGUGCUUAGCAUCGCCAACUGUCGGAUUACCGGUUCAUCGCUGCCGUGAGUGCCACCGCACGGAUUAAAUGACCAUGAAGGCGCAGAACGAGCAGCAGCAAGCGAUCAGCCGGUGCCUCGCCAAAGUGGCCGAAGGCCGCGCCGGUCGCAAUGGCCGCAAGGAGCGAGACCUGAAUCAGGAAGAAAUGCACUCGCUGCUUGCCAAACUGAAGGAGCUGGUGCCCAAUAUGCCGCGCAACAAGAAGCUCAGCAAGCUUGAAAUCAUUCAGAACGUGAUCGACUACAUCCUCGACCUGCAGAUCGCCCUCGAGACGCACCCCGCCAACCGCUCGUCGUCGCAUCCGGCGGGAUCUAGCACGAGUCCGGCGCGCCAACCCCUCGGAGUUCUACCCCCCUCUGCGAAUGCAGUGGCGAACACUUGCUCGGCACAGGAGGUGACCCACACAGACAAGAUACCGAGUCACCUUGCCGACCUGAUGUCCACGGUAGUGCCGCCAUCGCGCCCGGUCUCGUGCUAGGACUUGUGAGACGCUUGGACGAGUGGGGACUGUCUCGUGCAUUUUCGUGUUCUGUUUACGUAUACAUCCCUACGCGCCGUUGACUUCGGAAGACGCGCCCUCACCUAUCGCCCGGGUCCCACGACUAGUCGUUCGUUUUCUACUAGCAAACCCCCGGAAAUAAGGACGACGUGAUGGCGUACCUCCUCCCCGGAAGACAGCCUGGCAGUCAAGGCUCGAUCGCCUGCGUCACGUCCCCCGUCGCUGCAAGAAACCAUCCUGUACAAACCAAUACGUGUACAGCACGACCGUCUGGGACUGCAGCGUCGAUCCUCCCGCAGUCUGCGCAGCGAGUCUACAACAUCCACGCCGGAGUCUCGCUUGGCAGUCGCCGCGCUGUUGUCCCCAGCUGCCUCCAGAAUCCACGUUCUGUCACCUGUAACGUGCUUCGUGUAGGUGUUCCAGCAAGCUUUCAUGAGCCCUCAUUAAGCCCCUGUUGAAGCUUGCUGGGCAGUUUCGCUCAUGCCACCAGUCUCUUCUUGCCAGCGCCUCCACAUCUUGCCGGAAGUGGACCUUCAGCGUGGACACUAUGGACCAGCGCAGUAUUACAAUUAGAACUGUGUUCUCUUGCCCAUGUAUGAUGUCACAACGCGAAAUACGGUGACGGAUGACGUCCUACCAAAUGUAGAAAAGCCAGAAUGCAGCAAGUUCUUGCUCAUUUGCUGAUCAUGUGCAAUCAAAUGUAAUUUUCUUUUCUUUCUAUGCGUGUGUGUCGGAGUGAGUAGUGCGAGAGCUGUGUGUUAGUGGUUUCUACCUAUCUCUACGGCAUCUUGUUCGGAUAGCAUUUUCUGGGGAUCUCCGGUUAUUAUUUAUAACAUUAUUUUUCUCCCACAUUUUAACAGUACAAACACAGAUUCAAAUUACAUAAACACAUUAUGCGAGGUAGGCGACUGGCUUCACGUAUGGUGCUCUAAGCACAUUUUCUAACGCUAGUCCGACGGCGUUCAAAAUAUGCUCAAUUGGCCCCGCAAGUUAUUUUUACUUUACUGUCAGUUGACACUUUUAAGUUGACUUGUCUUCUUUGCCAGAUGUAUUAUUUCUGAUCGAGUCGUGUCUUAGGUGCUACAAUUGCAAAGUCCCUUGACAUGUAAUACGCACACGUUUGUUUUAAUCUACUUAAAUCCACGCUUACCAUAUUCAAGAACGUUUCCGAGACAAUGCGUCGUUAUGUUUGAAUAUACCAGUGUUUCAUAGAAGAUUCAACUCUUAACAAUGCUGUACACCGGUGGGCCUACUUAAUAUUUUUAGCCAGUUGUCUGCCUUCUCACCACAUCAUACACAUACAUUUCUUUUACACAAUUCUUUCAAACCAAUUGUAACUAUAUUAUUUGUACAGAGAGACUCCUACAAGACAAGAGAGAAAGUUAUACUUUUGCGUUGUUGUGAUAAAACCGUCUGCGAGAAGCAAUGUCUUCGGUAAUAAAAAAAGGUAUU